AGGUCCUCCCGGCCUGUGUCUGCUGUUUUACGCUCAUCUGGGGCCACAGUGCACGUGCGAAAAGGUGGCUCCGCCCCUUUGCCCACUGCUGCAUUUCUCAUGCUGCCCGCGCGCCUAGCUCGCAGGCUUCUUUGCGGCUUCUUGCGGGGACCCACUCCCACUGUAACGCGCCACGGCGUCCGGGAGACGCUCCUCCAGAGAUGCGCUACCGAUUCCUGCCCCCGACACCCAGCGGGCCUGGGACGUGGCCUUCCUCGUGGCGCGACGGCGACUGGGGGUAACCCAGGAGGGGCUGACCUGGAGGAGAGUUUUCUGUUCCCUGAGUACGUCCCGGAUUCGGAAUCGGAAGCGACCCUCCAAGACCAGCUGCGGGAUUUGCAGCAGCGGCAGGAGGAGGAGGAGAGACGGAUAGAGCAGCGGCGGGAGGAGAGGCGGCAGCGGAAGUUAGGCGCCGGCCGGCGGGUUCACCAAGCGGUGGGGCACCCGGACCCGACGGUGCCGCCCAGCGGCCAGAACUGUUCUGGCUGCGGUGCGGAGCUGCACUGCCAGGACCCCGGCGUGCCCGGCUACCUGCCCAGCGAGAAGUUUAACAGCGCGGUGGCGGAGGAAGGGGGCCUGGAGCGGACCGUAUGCCAGCGGUGCUGGCUGCUGGUGCAUCACCGGCGCGCCCUGCGCCUUCAGGUGAGCCAGGAGCAGUUCCUGGAGCUGGUGAGCGCCGCGCUGCGGCGGCCCGAGCCCGCCCUGGUGCUGUACAUGGUGGACCUGCUGGAUCUGCCCGACGCCCUGCUGCCCCACCUGCCCGCCCUGGUGGGCCCCAAGCAACUGAUCGUGCUGGGAAACAAGGUGGACCUGCUGCCCCAGGACACUCCCAACUACCGGCAGCGGCUCCGGGAGCGACUGUGGGACGAAUGUAUCGGCGCCGGGCUCCUGCCGCCCCGCGGCUACCGAAGACCUCAGCAUCCCAGCGGGGACCGGCCACGGGACGGGGAGGACAACGCGAAUCUUCCGUCGAAGUCCAGCACGGUGCUCAGAGACGUGAGGCUCAUCAGCGCCAAGACGGGUUAUGGAGUUGAGGAGUUGAUCUCCGCGCUCCAGCGCUCCUGGCGCUACCGCGGCGACGUCUACCUGGUUGGCGCCACCAACGCUGGCAAGUCCACUCUUUUCAAUACGCUUCUGGAGUCCGAUUAUUGCAUCGCCAAGGGCGCUGAAGCUAUCGACAGGGCCACCAUCUCCCCUUGGCCUGGUACUACAUUAAAUCUUCUGAAGUUUCCUAUUUGUAACCCAACUCCUUACAGAAUGUUUCAAAGGCAAAAAAGGCUUAAAAGAGAUGCAACUGAAGCAGAAGAAAAUCUUAGUCAACAAGAACAAAAUAAACUGAAUCUCUUAAAAAAGCAUGGUUAUUUAGUAGGAAGGGUUGGAAGAACAUUCUCAUAUUCAGAAGCACAGAAGGAUAAAGCUGCCUUUGAAUUUGAUGCCGAUUCAUUUGCCUUUGACAUGGGAAAUGAACCUGUUAUGGCCGCAGAUAAAUCCACCAAACGAGUAAAACUGACCCCAGAAGAUGUGAAAGAUGCCCACUGGUUUUAUGACACCCCUGGAAUUACAAAAGAAAAUUGUAUUUUAAGUCUUCUAACAGAAAAAGAAGUAAAUGUUGUAUUGCCAACACAUUCCAUUAUUCCAAGAACUUUUAUGCUAAAACCAGGAAUGGUUCUAUUUUUGGGUGCCUUAGGCCGCAUAGAUUUUCUGAAGGGAAAUCAGUCAGCUUGGUUUACAGUUGUGGCUUCCAACUUCCUUCCUGUUCACAUUACUUCGUUGGACAAGGCGGAUACUAUGUAUCAGAAGCACGCAGGUCAUAUGCUACUGAAGGUACCAAUGGGUGGAGAAGAAAGAAUGGCAGAAUUUCCUCCUCUUGUUGCUGAAGACAUCACAUUAGAUGGAGGACUUGGGCAAUCUGAAGCAGUGGCUGACAUCAAGUUCUCCUCUGCAGGUUGGGUAGCAGUAACACCACAGCUUAAGGACACACUGCACCUCCGAGGCUAUACACCUCAAGGGACAGUUCUGACAGUCCGGCGUCCUCUCUUGCCACAUAUAGUUAACAUCAAAGGAAAGCGCAUCAGAGGAAGUGUGGCGUAUCAAACCAAAAGGCCUCCGGCCCUCGUGUACAAUCUGCAGAAGAAAAGAUAGACACGUGAAGCUGACCUGUUCACACUGAAGAUGAACUGUAUAGAACAUUCUGUGUGCAUCACACUGCAUUUUAUUAAAUACUGCUAUAAUAAAGCCCCCUCAUCCUUUUUAAACUGCCAAGGACCAUGCCUCUUUUUAAUGAAUUGAGUUUGUAAACACCUUAUUUUUUUAGGAGGGUACAUACACGUGUGUAUCUGUGAUUCAAACAUACCUAAAAAAGAGUUCUGCUACAUUAUUUUCUCCCACUAGUAUUUGUUAUUGAGACCAGAUGGCACUUCUCAUUUAGAAUCUAGUUGAAAGAGGAGCUUAGCAGUUGGCUUAAGAGAAAAUGGCAGGAAGUUAAUUUCUCCAAACUAUGCUGGCUUAAAUGAGAGAGAAGUGAGUUAGCGGCUGCACUUCAUGUGGUCAGCCAAGCACCCAGCUGGGGAACACUCCAUGGCGUCCGUCUCUGGGUCUAAGGCAGUUGCUCAGGUUGUCAUCCUCUCACAGCAACGGGAAGAGAAGAGUAGAGAGUCAAGAGCACGCAGCUACCGCCCUGAAAGAAGGGAAGAGCUGGAAGCUGCCCACAUCACAGUGUCCCGUGGUCAAUAUUUCCACGGCCACACCCUGCCAUGAGGAAGCUGGAGGAUGUAAACGGAAAUGCGGAGUCAGAUUUGUAUUACUUAGAGGAAGCAGCAGUGAAAGAAAUCUGGAAAACAAGUAGAAAUUUCCCUUACGUAAUCUAAAAGUGCCUGAAAAUCUUAGAAAAGGAUUUAUAUCUUUUUGGAAUCUGAGGUCUAUUCUGCAAGGAUCAGAGCACUUCAACUAUUUUAUAACAUUUGUCUGUAAACACUGUACAUAAAACAUCACACCAGUCAGAAGUCUUUACCUUCAGGCAUUCCUAGUAGAGUAAGUGGCCCUACAGCUGUGGACAAUGAAUUGGCAAGUCAAGUCCCAGGUCCCAUGAUGAGAUGAAUGCUGUGACGUUAACUGGCCUGAAACAGAUCCCUGAACUUCCUGUAGACUUAGGGUUAGCAUUAACUUUCUAAUAGUCCUGCACUCUCUGACAACAUAUACAC